AGACCGCGAACAGUUCCAGAUUGAUCGUAGAUCGCGUCGGUUGUGGAUCGCUCCGGUGUUCGUUUGGGUUGUUAAGUGGAAAGUCUUAUGCCAAGCCAAACAGCAGUGAAAUAAAUCUUGUGCGCGAUCCAAAAAUAAAUAUCUGCAAAAGGGGGACAAAAGCAGAGCGCGUGCCAAGUGAAAAUGUUUACGCGCAGAAGGCAGCAAAGUUAAUCAGUUAAAAAAAGAAAAGUCGCUGCAGAGUGAUUUAUUUUGAGUGUGGUUCAAUCGAAGCCAAAUGAAAAAUAAUCGAAAACGUCUUUGAUUUAUUUGUGCAAAUCCACAGACAGUGACAAACGAAAACACAGCCCCUGCCAAAAUUGUUUUGCUCUACUGGCCAGAUCAAAGGUACAACUGAUCAGGCGCAAAUUGUCGAAACUUUUGUAGCAAGUUAAAUUAAAUACAGAAAAAACUGGACAAAGGAGCAAGCCCGACACUGCAAGUAAAUAAACGGUCGCAACUAUUUAAGAUGCUCAAAGUAAAUCCAUGUAAAUACAGAGUCCAGAAAUUGUGAGCUAUUCAGUUGGCCCCAACCAACACAGCCAAGAAGGAAAACAGCGAGGCCGAAAAAGAACAAUUAGCCAAACGGGAAAGACAAACACGAGCGGAAUGUGAAAAGUUUGCCAACAGCAGAGCGUACGACAAAAUUAGAAUUGAAAAUAUCAGAGAACAGCAGGAAGGUCCCGGAGGCGGAAAACAAAGCCAUGAAGUUUCGUUUGGCAGCAUUUUGGCUAUUUCUGCUGACAGUUGGCGGCAAUCACAAGCAAUUAAGCCACGUUUGCACGUGGGGCGUGGCGGCCGAGAGGCAGCUGCACAAAGGAAAUGAACUGGAAAACGCAAUGAAAUUGCGGCCGACCUCGAAGCCAUCGCCGCUUAUCGGGGACAUCACGACGACGGUUCAGCCGGAUCCGGGCAGAUCGAUGGGCCUCCAGGCGCUGCGAGGCGCCAAGGCCCCGCCGCCCAGUUUGGAGAUGCACCUCAGGCAGAGCGUGGCCCAGCUGUUCGCCAGUGAUGAAACGACUGGUGGCCCUGACGUCCCCCCAGCCGCCAUUCCGGCGACAACCACCCAUCACCCGGGGCGGCGACAUGUGGUGCCCGACAAGCUCCAGUACACGAAGGAGAUCCUGGUGAAGCAGGGGCGCCUCAUGGGCAUCACGCGUCGCUUCCAGGUUACCAGCGGACUCCGCCAGGUGGACCAGUUCCUGGGGCUGCCCUACGCGGAGGCUCCGACCGGCAAUCGACGCUUCAUGCCACCAGGUGCCCCCUUACCGUGGCAGGGCCUGAAGAUAGCGCGUCAUCUUCCCCCGGUUUGUCCGCAGAAGUUGCCGGAUAUAUCGCUCCGCGGCAGCGAGAACAUGUCCCGUGGUCGCCAUAAACACCUGAGUCGCCUUUUGCCCUACCUGCGGACGGAGAGCGAGGACUGUCUGUAUCUCAAUCUGUAUGUGCCGCACGACGAGCCUCAGAGUACCCCCAAGCAGUACGCAGUCCUGGUUUACCUGCACGGCGAGUCCUUCGAGUGGAACAGUGGCAACCCGUACGAUGGCUCCGUCCUGUCCAGCUAUGGGGAGGUCAUUGUGGUCACCGUCAACUACCGCUGGGAGCGUUGGGUGAGCUCGUGACUCAAAGAUAAUUUCCUUCAGGCUAACCGCUUUCUCUGGAUUCCGCUCAAAGGGUUCCUGAGGCCCAGCAUCGAUGCGCACAACAUAGCGAACUACGCCCUGCUCGAUCAGAUUGCGGCGUUGCACUGGAUCAAGGAGAACAUUGGCGCCUUCGGCGGCGACAACUCGCGCGUCACUCUGAUGGGCCACAGUACGGGCGCGGCGUGUGUCAAUUACCUAAUGGUGUCGCCGGUGGCCUCAGGCCUCUUCCACCGGGCCAUCCUCAUGUCCGGAUCCGCGAUGUCCGACUGGGCCGCCAGCAAUCAGUCGCUGCAAUUGACCAUGCAAAUCGCCCAUGCCCUCGACUGUCCGCUCAACGAGCACGUGGGGGCGGAGGACGAUGAUGUCCUGCUCGAUUGUUUGCGCCAUCGUCGCUACCAGGAUAUCUUGCACAUACCAACGGCGCUCACACAAUUUUCAACAUCAUUGGGUCCAAUUGUCGAUGGACAUGUAAUACCAAAUCAACCGUACAAGGUCAUGGGGCAUUAUACGGAGCACUUCAGCCGUUAUGAUUUAUUGUUCGGCAUCACGGAGUCAGAAUCCUAUCAUACACUGGCCGCAUUAGCACUCGAGGAAGGAUUACGUGAAAAUGAACGCGAUAAUUUAUUGCGCUUCUAUAUGCAGAGCCGCUUUGAUGUACGCCCCGAUUUGGCAUUGGCUGCCACGCUGAAGAAAUACCAGGACAUGUACAACAAUCCGAUUAAGGCCACUAAUUUGGAGCACCGUGACGUGGUCCUGGACAUUCUGUCCGAUGCGCGAGUGGUUGGUCCGCUGCUGCAGACGGGGAUGUUCCACGCGGAUGUCAAUCGGCGCAAUUAUAUGUACGUAUUUGGCCAUAACAGCGCGACCGGACCGUAUGCCCACCUACCGCAUAGCAUAAUGGGCGAGGAACUGGCGUUCAUCUUUGGGGCUCCUUUGGCCACCGCAGGUCCUUUUCCCAGCGGCAACUACACGGUGCAGGAAAAGCUGCUUUCCGAGGCGGUAAUGGCAUACUGGACGAAUUUCGUAAAGACCGGCAAUCCGAAAGCACCGUGGAAGGGCGUCUUCCUCAACUCACAUGCCCUCGAGUGGGAUCGCUACGACCUGGACUGGCCGGAAUUCAAUAGGAGGGCUCAGGCAUACCUGAAUAUCGGAAUCCCGCCCACGGUGGGCUACAAAUACCGUCAGCUGUACAUGAACUUCUGGAACAAGGAGCUGCCCGACGAACUGAACCAGAUUGCGGCCAUUCAGGAGCAGCUGCACGGCCCCGGCCAGGAGGUGAUUGCAGGGCACAUGAGCAAGUACGGGACCAGGGAGCACGGGGCGGAGGACCCCGUGCGGACCUUGAAGCUGCUCCUCCAGGAGCCCAGUCUGGCUGGUCCGCCUCGGAGUGGCGAGUCCACGGAAGCGGCGGCGGAGAACAUGUACAACGCGCCGCCCACCUUCGGGCAUGUGCACAAGGUUCCGGGUGGCAGUGAGUCCGAGUCCGAGCCCGACUCGGCCACCUCCGCCAGUACCCCGAAAGAGGGCGGGGAGGAGCGGCAGCCUGAGACGGUGGCCAGGUCGGAGGCCACGAUGCAGCUGCUGAUCGCCCUCAUUGCCAUCAUCAUAGUCCUCAACCUGCUGAUCUACGGCACCUUUCUGCUGCGCCAGCGUCGUCGGAGGGCCAAGGCCCUGCCCUUUCCCGCUCCCAAGCUGGGCGGCACCAUCCUCAGCUACGACGGGGCCAACGACGAGGAGCUCAAGCGCUGCAGCAAGUCGCGCGACGGGGACGACAGCUUCGCCUUGGAGCUGUCCAGGAAGUCGAACACCUACGAGGCCAUCAAAACGGGCCAGAGGUCGCUCAGCUGCUCCACGGUGGACACCCACACCAAGGUCUGUGAGUGGAUGUCGGGCCAGGAGGCCCUGGCCCCCAAGUCGGGCAGUUUCAGCCCGGCCACGCCCCCUCCCCCGCCGGUGCAGUCCGACGGCAGGCUGAUCAUAUGCCGGGACAUAGAGGUGGCGGACGCGGCGCUGCUCAUCCCGCAGCACAUGCACGAGCCGCAGCACUACGAGAUGCUGUUGCAGCGGCAGCACUCGGCACUCACCGAGCCCAGCGAGGACACCCUGCAGCAGCAGCAGCAGCAGCAGCAGCAGUACCCAUACCCUCUGAGGGAGCGCCCGCACUGCCACUCCGAUCCGGUGGACAUGAUCCUGGCGGCCGACGAGCAGGUGACCAGCUUCGUGCAUGCCGACGACGUGGACAUCAACGUGACGAGCAGGCAGGACUCGGAUGGCGCGGAGGUCGUCCCGCUGACGGCUGCCCAGCAGCUGGAGCUCCUGCGGCUGCGCAACUACCCCAAGGUCCUGCCCACGGAGCAGGACCUGGUGGACAGCAGCUGCAAGCGGAACUCCCUGCCGCCGCAGAGCCUCAGCGCUCCGCUGCCGCCGCCGCGCACCAUCAGCCACACUUUGGGCAGGAGGAGGCGGGACAGCAGCAACGUGACCACUUCACCACUGCAGCUGGCCAGGGACGAGGACGAGCCCUUGAAGGAGCCCCAGAUCUCGCAGAACACCCUCAUCGUGGGCCCCAUUGUGCCCAAGUCGCCGGCCUCCAGUCUGAAGCGAGCGAAGAGGGUGCCGGGGGCGCUCGGCGGAUCCUUCCAGUCCUUCGAGUCGGUGCCCCCCGCCCACGAGACCACGCCCCCUCAGGGCGAGCGCACCGAGUGCAUUUACGCCAUCAAGGCCAGUCCAGCGCUCUGCAGCUGGUCAGCGCCCAACGGGGACCUGUACGCGCAGCCCCUGAAGUCGCCCUCGCGCACCUCGCUCAUACCCAGGCCGACCAAGCAGGCGGACAGCCUGACUCCAGGGGACCCUCUUGGGGUGCCUCCUGGAGACCCAGCAGCACCGGCCCCGGCCAGCCGCAUUCCUCAGUUGCAGCGGCAGGCCUCCGGCAGGGAUUUGCCAACGACAACGGCCACGGAAGGCAUCGCAAAUCCCCCUGGAUGCCAGCAGCGAACCGACUCCACAAUAUCAUCGGGCUCCUCGGCAUCCAAUGCCUCGAAUACGGACUCGUCCUACUCCUCCUCCUCGUCCUCGUCCACGUCCUCGUCCACUGGAACCGUGCGCACCGAGCUGCAGCAGUUCCAGCCGCCGCCCGGCAGAAGUAUUACGACCAAUAUAUAGAAACUCCGGGGAGCGGCUGCCAAGAAGUCCCUCAGGACAUCCCGCCGAGCCCGUCGAUCCCGGCGAGCCCGCAAUGCGGCGACAGACAGCUGGCUGCCAGAGCUGGUUUCCUUUGGCCGGAAUUUUAUGGGGUCUGCGUAGAUUUAAUAAUACAUUUUGGUGUAAAGUUUAUCUUUGACUUGGUUAGAGCUCUGCGAGCAAAGUUUCUGCCGGCGUAAAUUAGUUAAGAAAAUUGCAGUGGAGGUUUCCCUGGAGAUUGCAGCGAAGGUUCGCCAUAUCGAUGUAAGCAGCGAAUGGCGUAAAGAAAACUACUUUUCCGGAGAAUAUUGCCUAGUGUCGCUUUAGCGAGUUGCUUGUAACUGUUUGCAAAACAUAUUAUGUAGCUGAAACGUUUGGUAACUUAAAUUAAAAUAUAUUUUUGCAAAUUUUAGCUCAGUUAUGCAUAGUAGAUUGUAUAUAAAACGAAAAGAGUAAUAAUAUGUAAGCUAUAGUUUAUUUGACAACACAAAUAUAAGCAAAUCGAAGGGAAAAUGGCCACAUUUUUCUCCUGCUUUGUAAGCUAAUCAAAGAAUCCUAAUAUAAGCAACAGUAUUUACAAACAUCGAUAACUUUAUAACAACUAUUAAAGCAAAAUAAUCAAAUAUUUUAAGGAAAUCGGAUUAUCGUUGAAUUGAAUUGAAUUUUACCGAAGUCCCAGCGUCAAGUAUUAUAAGAUAAAAACUAUGUUCUUUGUAUUUCAAGUUAGGCUAUCCUUAUGCUAACACAUAUACAUGUACUCGAAAAUAUAGUGAAAUAGAAAAUUAAACGAUGAAAGCAA